UGGGGAGUUCAAAAGUGUCCCUGUGCAUCUCAGGACCGGCGUGUAAAAGUCUAUGGAUAAGUUUCAGAUGACGUCACCACCGUCCCAGGAUUUCCGUCAUAACUCUUCGACCAAUCAGAUAAAUUAACGAUAGAAAAAAAAAAAAAAACAACUUCAGGUUUCACCUAUGACCCGUGAUCUCUGACCUGUGAUACGAAAGAUGGCGGCCGUCGCAAGGCUUGACGGGUAGUUGGAACUAUUCGGCCGAAUUAUGGCUGAACGUCCUUGGUCAAUGUAAGCCACCAGUUGAGCUGGCAUCCUGAAUAUCUAACGUUGAAUCUUCAGCUCAUUGUUCGCUUAAAACAAAACAAAACAAACAAAAAAAUAUAUAUAUAUAUAUAUAUAAAUGUUCCGAGCGAAGCGAGCCGUUAAGGCAAGGGCAGACACGCCGUUUAGGGGGCCCCUCAAACGGGGACACGAUGGGGGACGUCACCCACAUAAAAAGUUGAAAGCGAUGUCGAUGGAGGAACUCGAAGAUGGCGCCGUUGCAGGGGCUGGUCACGUACGGUUUCAGCCAAGCGGCGACAUCAGGCCAAUAACAUCAACAUCAGGAACAGCAACAGCAGCGGGAGUUGAGAGAGUCGGGCAUGUCAGUUUGGGUCAUCCCAGGUGUCAUGUGAGACCUAGCCCGCCUCAAACGGGCCCAACCGGUACAAUAUCGGAGAACUCGAGUGACUCCACGGACUACGAUGACGUCUGCGACUCCUCCACCUCCAGCAGUGUCCCUUCCCCGGAGGUCUUCCGGCACGACAGUUACGGUAUGCCUGAUUUCUUCUCUGAGGAUGUCCCCGCCACGCCGGUUGACCAGAAACACCAGGUGAAGAACUCCACCUUACGAGGAAGCGCCCGUGUCGCGAGUGGCCGAAGGCAUCAGCACGCCUCCGUCUCCACCGUCCUAUAUGCCUCGCCCCACACAAACACCCAGAUGAGUAACAAGGGAGCGAUCGCGGACAAUCUUCAAACCUCUCGGGACAAGGCCUUGAGGGGGAAAUCCCCGAAAUCCGCCCUCGCCAGGAGGCCCGUCUCUUGCAGGAAGAUCCAGCGCUUCAAAAGUCCUGUUGUUGCCAAGGAGGAGGCGUCAAGUCCGUGCAAGAAGCAGAAUCCCAGAGUGGACGGCGAAGCCACGUUUUUCGAAUUUGACAACGACUCCGUGAGAAAGGAGUUCUUUCGGCAAGCGCGAGAGCGGCACGCCAAACUCAUCGGUUUCUCCAUGUAGGUUGUACAACCGUCCGUCCUGUGAUGCCCAAUAUCAAAUGUAAUUAUGAUGUGUCACGAGCUUAAAUCGAAAGAAGGAAAAUGUUUCUGCAGUUUGACUAUUUUAAAGUACUCAUCGAGUAAAAAUAAAUUGUGACAGUUAUAAGAAGGUUUGUGCUGCCAAAUAGCUUUAAGUGGACAUUGACAACACGCCGGUCAUCUUUGAUAGCUAGCUAAGGACGAAAAGUACAAAAUGCUUAAGUACUGACGCAGAUGUCUUACUUGUAAAAGUCCGCCUGUAAAAAUAAAUAAAUAAAUAAAUUUGAAAAAAAGAAAGUUUGGGGUUAAGUUUGGAUUAGACUUGUGUGAUGGUUAAAAUUGAUAUUCGGGUUAGCGAUAGGUGCUACCUGCGCAUUUCGUGUUUUUGCAGUAGCUAGUUGCGCAUGCGUUGGAGAGAUCCUGUGGGCACUGCAAAAAUUGCCUUGAUAUUGCCUACAGAUAUCAGACAUAAAAUUUCAUAGUAAAUUCCUGGUUGCUGUUACCUUCACAUGAAAGAGCCGUUAGUUUUAUUCACUUGCAUCCAGGGGUUCCAUCCAAAGUGUUGUAAAGUUUCUGUUUCAAGUCGUGUAAAUGAAAUAACUUGCUGUAAAAUAAACAGUCUCUUUGGGACGUUAUAUGGUGUAUUUCUGUGAAUAAACGAGACACAAAAUAAAUUGUUGUCAGAUAAAUACA